GACACGCGAAGCGCGCGCGACUAUGGCCGCGGUGCCACCGACCUUUGGCUUCACGCAGGAGCAAGUAGCGUGUGUGUGCGAAGUGCUGCAGCAGGGAGGGAGCAUCGAGCGCCUUGGCCGCUUCUUAUGGUCGCUGCCCGCCUGCGAGCACCUGCACAAGAACGAGUCUGUGCUCAAAGCAAAGGCCGUGGUGGCUUUCCACCGAGGGAACUUUCGCGAACUCUACAAGGUGCUGGAGAGCCACCAGUUCUCGCCGCAUAACCACGCCAAGCUGCAGCAGCUGUGGCUCAAGGCGCACUACAUCGAAGCAGAGAAGCUGCGCGGGAGACCGCUUGGUGCCGUGGGCAAGUACCGGGUGCGCAGGAAAUUCCCGCUUCCGCGCACCAUCUGGGAUGGCGAGGAGACGAGCUAUUGCUUCAAGGAGAAAAGUCGCUGCGUACUUAAAGAAUGGUACUCCCAUAAUCCUUAUCCCUCACCGAGAGAGAAACGCGAGCUGGCCGAGGCCACAGGGCUCACAACCACGCAGGUCAGCAACUGGUUUAAGAACCGCAGGCAGAGAGACCGCGCCGCUGAGGCCAAGGAGAGGGAAAACGAGGGCGCAAAUCAGAACGGGCACAACACACUGCCGUCUCAAAUGACCGAGAGCAAAUCUCAGUGCGAGAGCUCAGACGACGAUAAAUCUCCACCAGGGACCCCAGAUCACCCAUCCAUGAGUCCUGCUCUGCUUCUACCCACCAGUUCAGGCCUGCCACCACUGCACAGCUUUGCGCCCCCGGCCGGACCCAGCGCCACCGAUACGCAUCAUCCUCAUCAUCAUCUUCAUCACCCUCACCCUCAUCAGCAGCACAGCCACCAUGAGCAGCAGCAUCUGUCUAUGCACGACGCUCUCCUCAACCCCAUGGCGGCCAGCCUUGUGGAGCUUGGCUCCUAACAAUUUUGACGGUGUUACAGCGCCUGAUCCAUGCGUAAAAAGACCAUUUAACUCCUGAAACCAAAGAAGACGAAGACAACCAUGCAUUACUUUCCCAACUGUUAAACUGAAAUACGGUUUGUUGCCAGACUAUUUUCACUGAAAAUGUUAUGUGUUGGGACACCGUGUAGUCUUACAAAACCAAUAUCCGAUUUUCAAAAAAAGACCA